CAUAGGUUCCCUGUCCAUGUCACGCUUAUAUUCGAGUCACAGAAUGCCACCUUCGCCGCGGCCCGACUGUUUUGCUUUCAUGGCCGGGACACCGGGUCAAGACCCAUCAUCUACCGUCAACUAUUUUCGUAUACCCGGUUUUCGCGGCACCACUUGGACUGCCGACGCAGGUCUUCAUGGCUGAUGGAAGUAGUUUGAAACCCAUCGGGCUGUAAGCCAUGGGGCAGGAUGAGCUCACCAGUUUCGCCGGCAUGGUGAUGAUUACCGAUUUACGAGAGGAUUGUGGCAUCUUGUUUGACACUUGGUCGACAGGCCAUCUCGAAGGACGUGGUGAUGGAGCAUCCUUCGGAGUGGAGUGGUGGUAUCUCAAUGCUAAAUUGCGUAUAUAAAGAGCUUCUCUACUUCCUCAAUAUCACCUUUCUAUUCAGCAUCACACACAUCUUCACAUUCACAAGACAACAACAACACCAACAACUCAACACCACCUUCACACAACUCCAUUCUCCAGCCUUUGCACCAACACCAACCGUCAAAAUGCCCAACACCGGAAAGUGCACCAACAGCAUCACCAACCCCAACUGGACCUCCUGGAAGAAGAGCCACCCGGGCAGCAAGCUGAACCCCAACCUCGAGAAGAUCGCCUGCCCGUGCAGGGCCUUCCGGGCCAAGGACGCUUCCAAGCCCGACAAGAAGUGCACGUGCAACCACGACAACAGGCUGCACAUGCCUUGAGAAGGACGCGAUGGAUUUGUGCAAUGGCUAGCUGGCUAGCUAAUAACGUUACGGGGGACUAUCACUUGCUGGUCAGGAGGAUAUGUUUUCUGUUGUUUGCUAGGGGCUGUCGCUGGCCGAUGGAAUAUGGGUGCUGGUAGUACAUAGUAAUACGCCGGUUUGCUCUGUCCUGCCCCGGUUUCCUUUGCCUGAUUGGAUAUCUGAGAGGCAGGCACUGGAAUACAGACGGCGGUAUAACUUUGAA